AUGGCUCUGAUAGGCUCUCUUGAAGUAUCCAUGGCAUUCUUUGUCUUUCUCCUCUUCCGUUUCUUGUUCAGCAAGAAACGUCACCAUGCUUUGCUCACGAACUGGCCGUUUCUCGGGAUGCUUCCAGGUUUCACCGUCGAAAUCCCACGUUUCUACGAUUGGAUCAUCCAAGUUCUAGAGGUCUCCAACUUGACGUUCCUCUUCAAGGGUCCAAUAUUUGCUGGGAUGGACCUGUUGUUCACUGUCGAUCCGGCCAAUAUUCACCACAUUCUCUGUUCCAACUUUGUAAAUUACCCGAAAGGACCGGAUUUCGGGGAGAUCUUUGACGCUUUGGGGGACGGCAUAUUCAACGCCGACUUCGAGCUGUGGAAGAAUCUUAGGAAGUCGGCUCACGCCUUGCUCAGCCAUCAUGACUUCCAGAGGUUUACCAAGAGUGCCACCGUAAGUGUGGCGAAAAGGGGGCUCGUACCUCUUCUCGAUCACGCGGCAAAGAAAAAUACGCUCGUCGACUUGCAAGAUGUAUUCCAGAGGUUCACGUUCGACACAACCCUUACUCUGAUAACUGGGUACAAUCCCAAGAGUCUAUCCAUAGACAUGCCUCGUGUCGAGCUUGCCGACGCUGUGGAAGACGCCGAAGAAGCGAUUUUCCAUAGACAUGUCAAGCCGAGAAUCUUGUGGAAGUUGCAAAACUGGAUCGACUUUGGAUUGGAGAAGAAGUUGAAGAACACCGUUGCCAUUGCCGACCGUGAAUGCGCCAAGUAUAUCUCUAUGAAAAGAGAGGAUUUACGUCGAGGAACUCAGCCAAAAGGGGAUGCAAUGGAUUUAUUGACUUACUAUAUGAAUUUAGAUGAAAACAAAUACAACUUCUUGAACCCUAGUGACGAUAAAUUUCUCAGGGACACCAUGGUGUCUUUCAUUUUGGCCGGGAGAGAUACCACAAGCGCUGGUCUCACUGGUUUCUUCUGGCUUCUCUCCAAGAACCCUGAAGCAGUGGCCAAGAUUCGAGGAGAGAUCAGUGCAGAGAUGCCAAGAUCCAUAAACCGUGACGAUGAGACACAACUCGACCAAGUGGAUUUGAACAAGUUGGUGUAUUUACACGGCGCGUUGUACGAAGCGUUGAGGCUCUACCCGCCGGUUCCGUUUAACCAUAAGUCUCCUGCAAAGGCAGAUACGCUCCCGAGCGGGCACAAAGUCGAAGCGAACACGAAGAUUAUCUUCCCGUUUUACGCGAUGGGGAGGAUGAGAUCCGUGUGGGGAGAUGAUGCGUCCGAAUUCAAGCCCGAGAGAUGGAUCUCCGAGAAGGGAAGGCUGAAACACGAGCCUUCCUUCAAGUUCGCGUCGUUCAACGCCGGUCCAAGAACAUGCAUAGGGAAGCAAGUGGCUCUCACGCAGAUGGCCAUAGUGGCCGUCGAGAUCUUACAGAAUUAUGACGUUAUUACAGCGACUGAAGGUCAACAGCUCGAGCUAGUUCCCUCUAUUAUUCUUCGUACGAAGCAUGGCUAUAAGGUCUCCAUAACCAAGCACCGUUUGGGCUAA